AUGCCAGAUUGGGCCACGCUGCAAAGCAGUCAACAACCCGAAACAGUUGCUCAGCUCAUAAAUGAAAUCAAUGAACUUGAAACACAAAUUUCUACUGUUCUGAGCCAACUUAUUAAAGCAAAUACUAAUUGGCAGGACAUUAUUGCGGGUCUCUCUGGAGCGGAAAAAGAUGAAGAGCAGACCUUAUACCACGCAUUGUCACAGAAACCCAAAAAUCUUACCAACAACGACGCCGCCAGCGAACAAUUGGUGCGUGUACGAUUUUUCCGCGAGCAACUACACCAGCGGGCGCACCAGCUCAACGACCAAUCUUCUGCUCGAACUCAAGCAACCUCCCCCGCAAUAACUUCACAAGCACAGCUGGCAGUCAACGAGACAGAUAAACAACAGCCGACUUCCAUCUUUAGGCAGUUUCCAUAUCCGAGGUUGCAGAAUCCCGACUUACCUCCAUUAAAACUGCCGCAAUUUUCAGGCAACUUAAAAGACUGGCCAGCCUAUCGGAGUACCUUCCAAGAACUAAUUCACAACACUACGAUGCCCGAUACCAAAAAGCUAUGCUACUUGUGUGAGACCUUAUCAGGUGCCCCCAGCAUUCUGGUUCCCAACUUGGCUAAACGACUUGAGAAUUACAAGGCAGCCAUCAAAUUACUGAAAGAUACAUACGAGCACGAACAUGUUAUCCGAGCCCUCCUGCACCGCGACCUUCAAGCUAUCCCCCCGAUUCCUCACGAAAACGACUUGCCGCAAUUAUGGUGCACGUUGGAAUCAGUUCUUUGCCAACUAACAGCUCUGGGGGACGAUAUAAAUCACGCCAAUAUUGUAGCAGCAAUCAAGGCAAAGCUGCCCUUUGAGACCUUACGACAAGUGUGCAGAGCAAAGCGACAAAACCUGCAGUGGUCGGUCUCUCACCUUCGCCAACUCAUCAAGGAAACCGUUGCGGACAGACUCCAAGCACGAGCCAUGACUACCUCGAUCACUAUAAAUAAGGAUUUUUGCGGAACAAGCAAUUCGGUAGCGACAACCGCUAAACCGCCACACCAAAAGACGACAAAACCUUCUCUCAAAAAAGUCCCGACUAAUUACUGUGCAUUUUGUGAGGGUCGUCACUACAGCGAUCAGUGUCCGGUAUAUAAGUCUACCGAUGAGCGGCACACACGUGUUACUCAGAAGCGACUUUGUCUUCACUGCUUGAGACCAGGCCACUUCACUUAG